GUUGCCUGUAUUUUAGCAAAGAUGCAAAACGGGAAACAAAAGGAAAGGGAACAACUGUGGUUUCAAGCUCCACUCUGAAACUAACUCUUUGUAUGUGGCUGUGCAAUUGCUUGAUCAUGGAUCAUCUGAACAUUAGUGUAAAUCAGAGUUUUGAAUCUGAUUUAUUUAACACAAAUGGAACUAUGGGUUCCAAACAGGUAGGUGCUGCAGUAUUUCUUGGCAUAUUCUGCUUGGUUGGAUUGGCCAGCAACAUUGCAGUCAUCAUUGCCAUUGUUCGUCAGUGGAACAAACGUAUGAGCUUUACGCUGAAGCUAAUGCUGAACUUGGCUAUAUCUGAUUCUUUGGUCCUCAGUUUUGCUCCUUUUGGAGUUUCUGCUCUGCUGAAUGGAUGGACUUUUGGCCUUUGGUCAUGCAAGAUUCUGAUGUAUCUAGUUUACUGUGCUAUGUAUGGUAGUGUGUUGAUUGUGACCUUGAUGGCUGCACAUCACUAUCACACAAUUAAAUCAAAAGUUCCUGAUCUUGGUGCACUGGAAAGACUGCAGAAAGCUCGUAGAUGCUUACUCUUAUUUGGGCUCUGGGGUUUAGCCACAGUUUUUGCUUUGCCCAUACUUUUCAUUCAAAAUGUCCAGUUCAAGAGGGGAUCUUUAAGGUGCCAGAGGACCAUAACAUCAACCUCUGGAAAGGUGGCAGUUCUUGUGCUCGAAGUCCUGUUUGGAUAUGUUCUGCCUUUCACCAUUAUCGCUGCAUCUUACUGCUGGAUAUGCAAGACACAGCUACAAGGAGGUAAAAAUAUUAAGGAAAAGAAGGCAAGAAUGAGAAGGCUUGUGAUCAGUAUUGUCACAGUUUUCUUUCUUUUCUGGACACCGGUACAUAUCAUCAAUAUAAUUGACAUUGCUACUACUCUGACUAAGACAGCAUCUCCAGAUCUCUAUGCCCAACUGAAACUGAUUCGUGGAGAAACAGGAGAUUUGAGCAAAACUGUAUCUAUACUUAACUGCUGUGUGAACCCCUUUUCGUAUGCAGCUGCAUCAGGGAUCUUCAAGAAAAAGAGUCGCCACCAAGAAAAGGAAACCAGCACAGAGAUUACUGUGACAAAUUACUUUUGGAAGAUGUUGUGCUGUUACUGUAAAAAAUAAGUGCUGUUGUAUCUUCUUGGAAAUUUAAUGCCUACAGUUACAAUAACAGCCUAAUUGUUUAUAGUCCUGAUAAACAUGUAAGUAGCUGAUUGACCAAGUAUGUGUUCCUUUUUUAUGUUGUUUAUACUUUUUAUACUUAUUUUACAAAUGUUAAAUUUUUAUUAAUGUUGUUAAUAUUGUUAAACUGAUGUUAUGUUAUUGCUUUGUUUGUAGAAAUCAGCAAUGUGCUUGCUUUCACUAGAUGAAGAUUUUCACUUCCUUUUAAUUGUUAAUUUCCUUAAAACUACUUCAUUUACAAAAAAUUGUUAACCAAUAAAUACAUCAGAGAAAAAGA